UCUUCCCCUCUUUGUUAACAGAGCCAUUGACAGAGCUGCGUGUUUGUAAACCAAAACAGAAACAAACCCAUCAUUUCAAGAUUCUCAUUUUCAUCAUCAAAAUAAGACAGACGUAGCCAAAGUCACUGAAAGCUCCAUUGCCGCCGCCGUUACCCAUUCCCGCCCAGAAAAUAAGAACUUUUAUAAAGAACUUCCCUUUAGCAGGAAUAUCCAUUUUUUCCAAACCCUAACCCUGAAAAUUCAGGAGGAAGAGAUUUUCUUUUUGGUUCCAAAUUCUGGGUUUCAUUAAUGUUAGAGAAAAUGUAUCAUUUUGACAACAUUCCAUAAACGCCCGGGAAAUUCAAGAUGGAAAGAUCGCCCUACUUUCACAAUAGAUUGAUGAGGUGGCACUCCUCUCUUGCAAAGCUCACGUUUUGGUCCUUUAUGUUCUUGGGAUUGAUCUUGAUCUUCUUCUUUCGAUCUCCUUCCUUCAAUCCCCUUCCGCAAGAUCCUUCUCGCCGCUCUCUCCGUACCUACAACUGGGGUGGACCCGCUUGGGAAAAACGGGUCCGUUCAUCUGCCCGUAUUCGUUCUCCCAACGGCAUCUCCGUUUUGGUCACCGGAGCCGCCGGUUUCGUCGGUACCCACGUGUCGGCUGCUUUGAAAAGGCGCGGAGACGGCGUUAUUGGACUUGAUAAUUUCAAUGACUACUAUGACCCUUCGUUGAAAAGGGCUAGGCAAGCUCUUCUGGAACGAAGUGGGGUUUUCAUUGUCGAAGGAGACAUCAAUGAUUCGACUCUUUUAAGGAAACUUUUCGAGGUUGUCGCAUUUACCCACCUUAUGCAUUUAGCUGCUCAAGCAGGCGUCAGGUAUGCAAUGCAAAAUCCUGGCUCUUAUGUGCACAGCAAUAUUGCUGGUUUCGUUAGUUUACUCGAAAUUUGCAAAUCGGCGAAUCCUCAGCCGGCGAUCGUGUGGGCGUCGUCGAGUUCGGUUUACGGUCUUAAUACUAGGGUCCCAUUCUCUGAGAGAGAUAGAACUGAUCAACCUGCUAGUUUAUAUGCUGCUACUAAGAAAGCUGGUGAAGAAAUUGCUCAUACUUAUAAUCAUAUAUACGGACUUUCAUUAACAGGUUUGAGGUUUUUCACCGUUUACGGUCCUUGGGGUAGGCCGGAUAUGGCAUACUUCUUUUUCACUAGGGAUAUACUGAAGGGGAAGUCGAUAUCGAUAUUCGAGGCAUCGAAUCAUGGUACGGUGGCUAGGGAUUUUACCUACAUUGAUGAUAUUGUCAAAGGGUGUUUAGGUGCCUUGGAUACUGCUGAGAAGAGUACCGGUAGCGGAGGGAAGAAGAAGAGUCCGGCUCAAUUGAGGGUAUACAAUUUGGGGAACACUUUCCCUGUUCCGGUUUCAGAUUUGGUGAGUAUUUUGGAGAGGCUUUUGAAGGUGAAUGCGAAGAGGAAGAUUAUGAAGUUGCCUCGGAACGGGGAUGUUCAGUUCACUCAUGCCAACAUUAGCUUGGCUCGGAGGGAGCUCGGGUAUAAGCCGAAAACUGAUUUGCAGGGUGGGUUGAAGAAGUUUGUGAGGUGGUAUCUGAGUUACUAUUCUGGUGGGAAGAAAGCUGCUGGAUAAAUUUAUUCUUUGAAUUUGUGGUAGAAUUCUUGUUCAUUAUCAUAUUCUUAGGUCAUUGUUUUUAGCAUCUCUCUGUUCAUUGCCGGAUUAUUGUUAUUUCUUGUAUCUUUGGUGAAGCCAUUUAAGGAGGGAUAUUAUGCCCUAGUUUGAAGAAGUUUUGAGAUGAUUAGAGGUAUCAAUAGUACACCAGAACAAAUUUCUCUU